CUUGAAGUUCCUAUCAAGAAGCUAAGAAAAAUCCUCCGAUUUCACCUCUGAAUCAUCUCAAUUCUACUAAAUCCGAUUGCCGGAAAAAUGAGAACUGGGUUAACUCCAGAUUUGACUUUCCCCUGACUAGAUCAUUGGCUGAUCGAUCGGUCUACUCAACCGACAAUAAGGUUUGAGGUUGGUAGAGCUGAAGCAACUUUACCAUGGGAGUUUCAGGGAAGUGGAUUAGGUCACUGAUUGGUUUGAAAAGACCUGAGAAAUCACUUGCAACUGAAAAGGAUGGAAAUAAAAGUGCAGGCACUAGAAAGUCUAGGCAUAGGAGAAAGCAUUCUGUUGAGAUUGAUAGUGACCUAAUUCAGAGUGAGUUCAGUCAUAAUGAUAAUGCUUCUACAUCAGUUGGAGAUUUCAAAGUAUCUUCAGCUCCGGUUUCUGUUGGUUCACCUUCAUGCUCACACCAAUUGGAGGAUGCACCUCAAAUUCAACAGAGUAUGAGAGAAGAAUGGGCAGCCAUACGCAUUCAAACAGCUUUUAGAGGAUUUCUGGCUAGGCGAGCUCUACGGGCUUUAAAAGGAUUAGUGAGACUUCAAGCACUAGUCAGGGGGCAUGCUGUAAGAAAACAAGCUGCUAUCACUCUCCGCUGUAUGCAAGCUCUUGUAAGAGUUCAAGCUCGUGUCCGAGCAAGGCGUGUUCGCAUGGCACUGGAAAGUCAAACUUCACAUCAGAAGCUUCAGCAGCAACUAGAACAUGAAGCCCAUGUCCGGGAAAUAGAAGAAGGUUGGUGUGACAGCAUUGGGUCUGUUGAAGAAAUUCAAUCCAAACUGUUAAAGAGACAAGAGGCUGCAGCAAAGCGUGAGAGGGCAAUGGCUUAUGCUUUGGCUAACCAGUGGCAGGCAGGAUCAAAGCAGCACACUACACCAGCUGGUUUUGAACCCGAUAAGAGUAGUUGGGGAUGGAACUGGUUGGAGAGAUGGAUGGCUGUCCGUCCAUGGGAGAAUCGCUUUCUGGACAUGAAUAUUAGAGAGGGAGUUAAGAUUCAUGAUAAUGGAUCUGGAGAUCCAAAGAAUGGUGGCAAUAACCAGAUGAAAUCCGUUAGCAAGAAAUCAAUUUCUUCUAUCAUUUCAAAUGAGAAAAUGGUUCCACCCCAACCCCAUUCAAGCACCAACUCGAAACUCUCAAAUGGAAAAAUGGUUGGAUCUCAGUCCAAUGGCAGUAGCUCUUCCCCGAAUAGGUCUGUGAACACACAAGAAACCACAUUAUGUGGUCCGCCAAACUCUAAACCAAAUAUGGAAGGUUUCGUCGAAGAAGCUAGUUCAAGACCUACCCUUGGUUCAAGGUCACACAGCAAUCCUAAAGAGAGAACCACCCUUUCAGAUAAACAAGGAAAGAGAAGAUUGUCUCUACCUAAUAGCGGGCCAGCCCUUGGAGCUCAAGCAACAAGGCAACCCAGUCGAACUGCUGUGAAGAAGACAUCUAGUGCACAGAAACAAGCAAAGGACAAACCAAAAUUGAACGUGAACGAUCCAAAGACUGCAAAAUCUGAUUCCCAGCAGUCGUGAAUCAGUUUCAAGAUUACUGUCAAAGAUCCCACUCCUACCUCUUAAUUUUGUAAAUAUUGAAGGAUCUACGGUAGGAGAUAUCAAGGAUAAGAGGUAUUUCGAUUGAUGAGGAUGUUAUGGUAUUUAUCUCGAUAUUUAUAGUAAUGUAUUGUUGUAAUUUAUUCAUCAGAUAUCAUUGUAUUUUUAGAGCCAGUUACUCAUGUCUGUUGUAAAAAGGUUCAGUUAUUUCCCAGUUCAAUUCCUUCUAAAUGUGUUGAAUAUUUUUUGUUUUUUAUUUUUUGGAACAAAAUGUGUUGAAGAAUUUAGUCAUGUCUGGUUUAUAGAAAAGUUGUGACAUUUCACA